AUGAUUUGUGAGGUGCGAGGCGUCUUCGCGACAGUCCGAAACAAUGCGGAGUGUGCGGGGGAGGCCGAGCGCAGGGGCGGCGGGGCGCAUACACGCACACAUUCGCAGCGCACACCCCACAUCCGCGGGGCCUCGGCGGCUCGCAGCCCUCGCCCCCACGCAGGCCGGGCUUCCCCCUCCACACCCGCCGAUAUGUAUUUUCGCCCUGAAAAAAGUAAGCAAUCAUGUGACAGCCAAUUCGGUCCAAUUUUCAACCUUGUCUCCAUGAAUUCAAUAGUUGUAAUAGGCCCCUCCAGAAGAGGGAACUUUUGCUCCGAGGGGCUCGAGGGAGAAGGCCAUGAAUUACGAUUUGAGCGAGAGAUUGGUUUUAUCAAUAGCCAGCCCGGUCGCUCGCCGAGUGCCCUGACAUCUUUUCCCCCUGUCGCUGAUACAUUUCAAAGUUCAUCAAUCAAGACCUCGACGCUUUCACACUCGACACUGAUUCCUCCUCCUUUUGAGCAGACCAUUCCCAGCCCUCAACCCGGCCGAUCACGCUCGCCACGGGCGCUAGGCGGCCGCCCCAAGCCGAGCCCCGCGGGCAGCCGGGCCAGCCCCGUGCCCGCCGGCGCCCUGCAGCCGCCCGAGUACCCCUGGAUGAAGGAGAAGAAUGCGGCGAAGAAAACCGCGCUGCCACCGCCGCCCUCCGCCUCCGCCCGGCCGCCCGCCUGCCACCGGCCCGGCCUGCUCGGCCACAAAGAAUCCCUGGACAUCGCCGACGGCAGCGGCGGGGGCUCCCGGCGCCUGCGAACCGCCUACACCAACACGCAGCUUUUAGAGCUGGAGAAGGAAUUUCAUUUCAACAAGUACCUCUGCCGACCCCGAAGGGUGGAAAUCGCCGCGCUGCUGGAUCUGACGGAGAGGCAGGUCAAAGUGUGGUUUCAGAACCGGAGGAUGAAGCACAAGAGGCAGACCCAGUGCAAGGAGAACCAGAACGGCGAGGGGAAACUGAAAGGCCUCGAGGACUCGGAGAAAGCCGAGGAGGACGAGGAGGAGAAGUCGCUCUUCGAGCAGGCCCUCAGCGUCUCCGGGGCGCUUCUGGAGAGGGAAGGUUACACUUUUCAGCAAAACGCCCUCUCCCAGCAGCAGGGUCCCAACGGACACAAUGGCGACUCCCAAAGUUUCCCAGUGUCGCCUUUAACCAGCAAUGAGAAAAAUCUGAAACAUUUUCAGCACCAGUCACCCACUGUUCCCAACUGCCUGUCAACAAUGGGCCAGAACUGUGGCUCGGGCCUAAACAAUGACAGUCCCGAGGCCCUGGAGGUCCCCUCUUUGCAGGACUUUAACGUCUUCUCCACAGAUUCCUGCCUGCAGCUCUCAGAUGCAGUCUCGCCCAGCUUGCCAGGGUCCCUCGACAGUCCUGUCGAUAUCUCAGCGGACAGCUUUGACUUUUUUACAGAUACACUCACCACAAUCGACUUGCAGCAUCUGAACUACUAAAAAAUAU